AUGGCAAGACGAGUAGAUUACAGUGUGUUGAGAGAAUCCUCAAAUUCAAGAGAUUUAUCAGGCACCAACAAUUCGAGCAGCAGCAGCAGCGGCAGCAUCAACAUGUCGACGAGCGAGUGGGAGCCGCAGGCAAUUGCAAAGGAGAAGAUGAAUUCGUUGUAUUCUACAGCGUGGGAGUCAAAGAGAGCCUCUACCUCUUCUUCAAUGUCGAGCGGUGGUGAUGGUGGUGGUGGUGCUGCUGAAGAUAAUGACAAGUCUGUAUCCCCCGAGAAGCUGACUGAACACGUUGCUAAACCAGAGCAAGACGAAAGUUUUGUUAGAGGACGCCCUUCCGCUUGUGUUUUUGUUGCCAGCUUGCGUUCUAGCAUGGCCGAUGAUGACCUUUGUGUGGCAGUCACUAACCACUUUAAAAAAUGGGGGUCCUUGACCACUGUCAAGGUGUUGAGAGACACAAGUAACCGCCCAUAUGCAUUUGUCCAGUACUUGACUGAGGAAGAUUCCAAGAUCGCCAUCGAAAUGGGCCACAACUCGAUGUUGAAUGGGAGAAGUAUCAGAUGCGAAGCGGCAAAAGUCAACCGCACCUUGUUUUUCACUUCCAAGUCAGUUCUUGCCGAGAGUGUCAUUAGAGCUAUAUUAGACAGGUUUGGAGAGAUUGAAGAGUUGGUUCCCAGUAAUAGUCGCGGCCAAAUAUUCACUGCCACGGCUGGUUCUGCAGCUUGUAAAGGGUACCGCAACUGGUUUUGCAAAUUUGUUUACCGCGACGAUGCAAUCAAGGCGUUUGCCAGUUUAACGGAAGAAGGGUUUUAUCAAAUCGAAUGGGCGCAAAACGUGGACAAGGCAAACCCCGUGGCCCAGUUUGACGAUCUGGAUUCGAAAAUCGAGUACAAGGUUAAAUUUGACAAGUUUUCCGUGUUUGUUGGUCAAUUGAGCUCCACGGUUAAGGAAACUGAUCUCAGAAAGAGGUUUGAACGGCACGGGGAGAUUUUGAACUUGACUUUGAUGAAAAAGGCCACCAGCACGUUUGCAUUUAUCCAGUUCAAAGACGAGUCAAGUGCCGCUGGUUCCGUUGAAGCUGAGAACCACUCCAUGUUGUGUGGCAAGACUAUGCAUGUGCAAUAUCGUGAAGUUCGCGUGCGUGCUCCAAGGAAAUUCAGCGUGGCCCUUGCGCCGCCGCCAAUAAACUUGGGCAAGAAAUCCUUUGGUAAGAAUCAUGAUGGCGGCAACAAGUUUUUCGCUGGAGCCAAGUCGAGACUCAACAGUUUUGGAGCCAAUGGGUUCAGAGCAAGAACCGGCAGAGUUUUCAAGGGAAAAGCAGAGGCGGAGAAUGUGUCCGCUGUGGACGACACAGCCGGUCGUGACAGCUCGCAAAAGAUUGUUUGGCAAACCUCCCAGGUGGAUAUUACGAACUCCGACGAGAUGCAGCCACGAGUUUUAAGGGCACCCAACUUGGAGCAGGAAUUCAAGCCUACUAUGAUCAAAAUGGGCCAGUCAUCUUCAACCGAGGAAGGUACUGGAGACGCAAAGAAAGAGGUGAAUAAAGACGUUGACUUUGCACACAAGGAGGAGAAAGUCACCGCUGCUGCUGCUGCUGCUGCUGCUGCUGUCAAUUCCAAUUAUGUUGCUCCUCCAAAUAGCGGGUUUUCCUUGUUCUACUACGUGCCAGCUGAAAGCGUCAACUUUGCCAAUCCCAGUUCUGCUAACUCACAAUCUACAUUCUACGGGGUCUACCCUCCUUACUAUCCACAGCAAUCUCAAUUUGAAAAUGUUGGAAUGGGUGGUAACGGUCAUGGUCAUGGUCAUGGUCAUGGUGGUGGUGGUGGCGGUAAUGGUAGUGGUAAUGGUAGUGGUGGUAAUGGUAGUGCUAAGAAUGAGUUCAAUUCGGUUGGAAGCGUCUCGCAGCCUGCAAACUAUGGAGUGCCCAAUUUCAUCUAUUAUUCAAAUGACAACGCCGAUGCUACGAGACCAAACCAAAACUUAUAA